AUGCCAGCGGGGAGGGUUUAAAUGGCACCCAGCAGUUGGCGUGAGGGGCUGCAGGAGCUUGGGGAACGAGUCUUUUCCGACCCCAUGGAGCUGUAUGAGACCUCCCCCUACUUCUACCAGGAGCCCCACUUCUAUGACGGGGAGAACUACCUGCCCGUCCACCUCCAGGCCUUCGAGCCGCCGGGCUACGAGCGGGCCGAGCUCAGCCUGAGCCCCGAAGCGCGAGGGCCCCUCGAGGACAAGGGGCUGGGGACCCCCGAGCACUGCCUGGGCCAGUGCCUGCCGUGGGCGUGCAAGGUGUGUAAGAGGAAGUCGGUGUCGGUGGACCGGCGGCGCGCGGCCACGCUGAGGGAGAAGCGCAGGCUCAAGAAGGUGAACGAGGCGUUCGAGGCUCUGAAAAGGAGCACCUUGCCCAACCCCAGCCAGCGGCUGCCCAAGGUGGAGAUCCUGCGCAGUGCCAUCCAGUACAUCGAGCGCCUGCAGGCCCUGCUCAGCUCCCUCCACCAGGAAGAGCGGGACCUCCGCUACCGGGCUGGCGGCGGGCCCCAGCCAGGGGUGCCCAGCGAAUGCAGCUCCCACAGCGCCUCCUGCAGUCCAGAGUGGGGCAGCACCUUGGAGUUUGGCCCCAACACAGCAGAUCACCUGCUCACAGCUGAUCCUGCCGACGCCCACAACCUGCACUCGCUCACCUCCAUUGUGGACAGCAUCACAGUGGAAGACGUCUCUGUGGCCUUCCCAGAUGAAACCAUGCCUAACUGAGACCGUCUGCCAGGCCGGGUGUCCGUGGGAGCCCCCACGCUGGCCACAGAUGCCACCGCUCCCGCAGCACGGGCUUCCUAAGCCAGGCUGUCCUGAU